GCAGCCGAGUACCAGGCCGCAACGAUAUACCUCACCUUCAACGUGUCCCCGCCGUCCCUCGACCUCCUACCCAACCUUCGCUUCGUCCAGCUGCUCACCUCAGGCCACGACCACCUGCGUGGAACACCAAUUCUGUCGGACCCAUCGAUUCCCGUUGCGACGUGCUCGGGUGUGAGCGCGAGGUCCAUCGCGCAGUAUGUGGUCUUGCAGGUGUUGUCGUGGGCGCACCAGUACCCGCGGGUGCUGAAGGUUAUGGAGGAGAGAAAAUGGGCUGGUCCUGAGAGAAACGGGAGAGGAUAUCCUAUGGCGAAUGUGCUUGCUGGAAAGAGGGUGGGAAUCUGGGGGUACGGCAGCAUUGGGAGACAGACCGCCCGUAUACUACACGCCAUGGGCAUGCAUAUCAUCGCCUGCACAUCGAGCGAGAAAAGCACGCCCACAUCCAGGCGCCUCAACACACCACCAACCUUGGCCAGAGACCCAGCAAUGGGCGACGACGAAGGCAAGCUGCCGAUCGAGUGGCACACGGGCGGAACACGAGCAGGCCUACACAGAUUCCUAGCCGCAGACCUCGACAUCCUCGCCAUCUUCACCCCGCUCACCCCGACCACGAGGCACGCUCUCGGCAAGGACGAGUUUGACAUCCUCGCCGGCGCGCACUACACACACAGCCACAGCCAAAAGGGGCUUGCGCCGUUCCUGGUGAACGUCUCGCGUGGGCCCAUCGCCGUGCAGGAGGACCUCGUGGCUGCGCUCAAGGAUGGGCGGCUUGCGGGGGCGGCGCUGGAUGUGACGGACCCGGAGCCGCUGCCGGAGGACCAUGAGCUUUGGGGCUUGCCGAACGUGAGCAUCACGCCGCAUAUGAGCUGGUGCUUCGAGGAGUACGUGGAAGACUGUAUUGAGGGUGUGCUGGCUGAGAACCUGGGGAGGUUGGCGAAGGGGAUGAAGCUUGUGAACCAAGUGCAGUGA